GCCUCUCGGGCCCGGAAGUGACGUUUACGGACGGAGGCAGCGCGUGCCAGGUGGUGUCACGUCUGGUCGCGGAGUAGCGGAGCUGUAGCCGCCUUCGCCCUCCCUCUCCUGCGUCCUUCUGUCCGGUCCCGGGAGGCCCCGCCCGGGAGACUCGGUGAUGAAAGCGCCGCUGGAAGACCGGGUGCGAGGGAUCUGAGACAUGCCCGGCUCCGCCCGAGUGCUGCAGAUGCUAUCAUUUAACCCCGGGCACAGGUGCAGCUUGAAAGGACAGUUUUCACCAAAGCCCUCUGGGUUGAGGAGAGCGCCCUGCCUGGGGCUGGUGGCAGUAUGACAAGCCAGGUGAUCGAGGACGAGCAGCAGUUCUACUCCCGGGCACAGAGCUACUGGAAGCGCGUCCCGCCCACAGUGGAUGGCAUGCUGGGCGGCUAUGGCCACAUCUCCAGCCUGGAUCUCAGCAGCUCCCGGAAGUUCCUGCAGCGGUUCCUGCGGGAAGGCCCGAACAAGCCAGGAACCUCCUGCGCCCUGGACUGUGGGGCCGGCAUAGGACGGAUCACCAAGCGGCUGCUCCUGCCUCUCUUCGAGGUGGUGGACAUGGUGGACGUCACGGAGGACUUUCUGGCCAAGGCCAAGACCUACUUGGGGGAAGAGGGCAAGAGGGUGAGGAACUACUUCUGCUGUGGCCUGCAGGACUUCAGCCCUGAGCCCGGCUCCUAUGACGUCAUCUGGAUCCAGUGGGUGAUAGGCCACCUGACCGACCAGCACCUGGCUGAGUUCCUACGGCGCUGCAAGCGCGGCCUGCGCCCCAAUGGUCUCAUUGUCAUCAAGGACAACAUGGCCCAGGAGGGUGUGAUCCUGGACGAUGUGGACAGCAGCGUAUGCCGCGACCUCCAGGUGGUGCACAGGAUUGUGCGCAGCGCAGGCCUCAGCCUCCUGGCCGAAGAGCGGCAGGAGAACCUCCCGGAUGAGAUCUACCACGUGUACAGCCUGGCGCUGAGAUGAGCCGCUGGGCCGGCAGCUUGCUUGGGUGUGGACAGCAUUAAGUACACCUGUGCUGCCCAUCUGCGCCAAACUUCUCUCCUUGCCAGGCAGCAGGCAGUGGGUCACUUCGAGAGGCCCACAGCCUGGCUGUGCAGACUGGUAGUGGGGAAGGUGUGGUCAGUGUUCAGGAAGCUCGAGCCAUGCUGCACACCUGGGCUUCCCAUCCAGGGAGCCAAGCACACCCUUCUGGUGACAGGACGCUGCUGUCCCUAAAGGGGUGGGCACAACAGCCUGAGGCUGGGGGAGAUAUGUAUGGCUACUACUGCACUUGGGGGCUCCCCCUUGGUGGCACUUUCAGUCAGAAAUAAAAGGUUGCAUCCCUGUA